CUGACUGCUGCGGCUGGCGCCAACUUCGCGGGUCUCCUGGCUGCGCGCGUUCGCUCCCUCCUCGGCUCCGGGAUGAUCGGCCAGAAGACGCUCUACUCCUUCUUCUCCCCAAGCCCCGCUAGGAAGCGGCGUGCCUGCAGCCCUGAGCCGGCCGACCCGGGGACCGGCGUAGCGGCGGUAGCUGAGACCGGGGAUGCGGCGGCCAGCCCCGCCAAGAAGACCCGGGCCGAGCAGGAGGAGCCCGGCACGCCGCCCUCGUCGCCGCUGAGCCCCGAGCAGUUGGUCCGCAUCCAGAGGAACAAGGCCGCCGCGCUGCUCAGACUCGCAGCUCGCAAUGUGCCCGUGGGUUUUGGUGAGAGCUGGAAGAAGCCCCUCAGCGGAGAGUUCGGGAAACCAUAUUUUAUAAAGCUUAUGGGAUUUGUUGCAGAAGAAAGAAAACAUCACACUGUCUAUCCACCCGCGCACCAAGUCUUCACAUGGACCCAAAUGUGUGACAUAAGAGAUGUGAAGGUUGUCAUCCUGGGACAGGAUCCGUAUCACGGACCCAAUCAAGCUCAUGGCCUCUGCUUUAGUGUCCAAAGACCCGUUCCGCCCCCGCCCAGUUUGGAAAACAUUUAUAAAGAGUUGUCUGCUGACAUAGAUGGUUUCGUUCAUCCUGGUCACGGAGAUUUAUCUGGAUGGGCCAAGCAAGGUGUCCUCCUGCUCAAUGCCGUCCUCACCGUCCGGGCUCACCAGGCCAACUCUCACAAGGAGAGAGGUUGGGAGCAGUUCACCGAUGCAGUUGUGUCCUGGCUUAAUCAGAACUCCAGCGGCCUAGUCUUCCUGCUCUGGGGCUCUUAUGCCCAGAAGAAAGGCAGUGCCAUUGAUCGGAAGCGGCACCAUGUGCUGCAGACCGCGCACCCUUCCCCGUUUUCAGUGCACAGAGGGUUCUUUGGAUGCAGACACUUCUCUAAAACCAACGAGCUGCUGCGGAAGUCCGGCAAAGGGCCCAUCAAUUGGAAGGAUCUGUGACCCUGAUCUCUGGCGGGGUUCAGGAUCUCCGAGCCGUUUUCUGGAAGCUGCGUUAAAAGUACCUGUCCUUUACGAAGUCGAAUUGAAAAAACAAUUUCCGUCAUAAUUCUUAAGCACCCACCCACACAAGGGAACACGGUGAGCGGAUAGCAGCCUUGAACCAGGCUGCUCGGAGUGGCAGCUUUAUCCAGCCAGAAACAGCAACGAUCCCCCUGUGACCUCUGGCUGGAAUACGCUAUUUGUGGAUCAGAGUUCUUAGAAGGGAGAAGGGGUCAAAUCCUCUGGACUGGCCUCCCCUUCAGUAUUACUUUCAGUCAAAGCAGGGAGACAAGCACCUUUUUGGUAGAGCCAGCUGCUACUUGUUCUUAGCUGGUAGGUUAGACUCUAGGUUUUAAGAUGUUAGGUGUCUUUAUUUGGAAAGGCCCUCUGCCCAGCCUGCUGUUCCAGUCUUCGUCAGGUACACCUUCCCCGUGAUCUUUCACGGCGCCCUCAGGAAGCCUCAGGAUGUUUUGCAAGUUCCUGAAAAUUAGGGUUCAAUUUCCUGACUGCACUUGAAGUGAACAUUGCCAAGGAACAGCCCGUGGUGUGAAACUUCACCAACAGGCGGAGGCUGGGGAAAGUGAGCUGGGUCUUGUUUAUGUUGUUAUUCUACGAAUAAGCUGUGAAAGUUGAAGAGGAAGGAGGAGAAAGGGUUUUUUUUUUUUUUUUAAGAGGAAAUAUUUUUUCCCUAGGUGCAUCCUGAAUUGAGGUUUUCAAGGCAGUAUAGACUGACGGUGCUGCGGCAGGGGGUUGGCUUUUUGUUUUGGGACUGAAACCACUUUGGGAUUUUUUUUUUUUAACAACCAUGGUGAAUUUUGCUUUUUAAAAAAAUACUUAGGCAAAUAUGUGUAUAUAUUUUUUAUUUUUCUUAAGAGACCAUCUUAAGUGUUCUCCACCCUAGAUCCUGUUAGAGAGGCUGUUUUGCUAUUAGCUGGGUUAAAGGACUGACCAACCGCGUGAGUUUGAUAAUAAAAGAUUGUUUAAGUUUA